AGCUCGUCUCCUGCUCGAUACAAGAAUGAAUGAGACUCGCACAACCAACUCGCCUAUUGCGCGCAUUCCGAACGGAUUGCUUUGCAAGAUAUUUGCGUACGCAUGCGCAAGGAACGAACUCGCCUUCACUCUAUAUGCAUACGGAGAUUCAGCGUCUUACUUCCCUGCCUUCUGCAUCAAUCAGGUCUGCCAGCGCUGGAGGAACAUCGCACGCGCAGAUCCCAAACUCUGGGCGGGCGAGAUCAACGUCGAUCUCACCGUCAUUGAGCGUGCAUAUGCGCAGACAGGUGCUUCGAGGCGCUUUGUGCGCAGGUUCAGGAAGAUCCUCUCGCUCUACCUGCACUUAUCUAAUCCCGAGCUCCUCGCUCUGACCAUCACCGGCGGGGACGUGGGUCUGCUUCCGAGACCAAACGGAGGGUCGGGAAACGAAGGUCUUUCUGCGUUCACCGAAAUCCUCGAUCACCUCCAUCGUGUUCGACUUCUGUCUGUCUCGAUCCCGGCUCUCAGAUGGAUUGAAUCCAACGCGCCGCCGAUGCAGGACCCUGCUUUGGAGUCCGUCAAGAUCAUGGGCAGUUCACGGACCGGCUGCUCGACUAGGUUCUUCAGCCAGAUGCCCCGCCUGCGUACGUGGAAGCAGGUAGUCGACGACUUCAUCCCGACACACCUUCCCUAUGCGCAGCUCACGAAGUUCGUGACCGGCUGGAUCGAGUGGGACACGGCGCUUCGCGCGCUCGUGCAGUGCCCCGCGCUGAAGCGUCUCGACGUCUCGUUAUACACAGCGGACAGCAACACACAAGUCUUCUAUCCUUCCACCCUCUCCUUCCCGCAGCUCACCUCGUUCCGCCUCAGCAUCGACGAUCCAACGGACUUCGCUUACAUCUUUGGCUUACUGGAGACACCGCGCCUCUCGAAGCUGAAAGUGUCUUGGGAGAUGGUCAGCGGCAUGGAUGCGGUGAGGACGGACGACUGGCCCGAAUGGCACUGGCCGCACCAGGAGUUCUAUGCCUUUCUCGCGCGCUCGAAGUGCAGAUUGAGCACACUCAGGGUGGUGGAUCUAUGCCUAUCUUCCAAGGACCGGAAAGCGCAUCAAGAAGCUCCUCCCAGAGCAGGCGCAGUUCAUUGUAGAGGAACCCGCCAAGGACGACAAUAUGGACGAUGAAUUUGUGUUCAACGAGGACGGGAAGAUCAUUCUGAGCGAGCUGUCGUCUUCGGGAUCGGAGGCCGAGGAUGGCCACGAAGGAAAGACUCACUGAAGGGCUCGAGGAGGUAAGUCAGAAUUUCAUGCCGAAACGCUGCGUGAACGCUGAUCAAUGACAAUGUAACAGCGGAAAGAUGUUGGCGUGU